CCGAGUCGCCGCCGCGCACAGUCAUCCUUCAGUGUAGCUGCUUGUCACGAGUCGGCCGGGUGUCUGGUGGUCGCUACCGCCGAAAUCCGCGAUAGCACGCGUUCACGACUACAGUGGUGGCUACUGAGUGUGGGUGAGUGAGUGUGCGCGUGUGUGUGUGUACGAUCGUGUGCUUCGCGUACGCGUGGAGGGUUGUGCGUGUGCGCGAGCGGUCACCGGUGUGUAGCAAACGCAAAUAUAAUAAUAAUAAUAGUAGUAGUAGUAAAAUUACACCGAGAUGGGCGCCACGGCGUGAACGGACGGGAUUUUCGAGUACACGAGUAAUAAAAAAAAUUUAAAUAAAAGGGAAAUAUAAUACAAAAAUUGAAUGAUUAUAAAAAUAAAAAUAAAAACCCAUGUAGACCGAGGCGGCUUGAAUUCGUCGUCGCACGGUUUUGCAGCAUAAUAUUUUGUUUUGCGAUCGUUCGGGGGAGGGGGAGAGACGACGACGACGACAGCCGUGCACGCUUUGACGUAUCGGUGCCGGCAAUCAAAGACGACGACGACAGUACAAUAGUGGCGACUGCGGCGGCGUGUACAGCGACGCGUGAGUAUGCUAUUUAUACGAGAACAACUGGACCGGCGGCGCCGCCGGUGAUACUGUCAUUCCACCGCACAGCAUGGCCUCGGUCGCCGCUUGGCUGCCGUUCGCCCGGGCGGCGGCCAUCGGUUGGGUGCCGAUCGCCACGCACCCAUUGCCGCCGCCGCCGGUGCCAAAGGACCGACGGAGAAUAGACGAUGAGAAGCUACUGAUCAACGUCUCGGGGCGCCGGUUUGAGACAUGGCGGAACACGGUGGAAAAGUAUCCGGACACGUUGCUCGGGUCCAACGAACGGGAGUUCUUCUACGACGAAGACUGCAAGGAGUACUUCUUCGACCGGGACCCGGACAUAUUCCGGCACAUACUCAACUACUACCGUACCGGCAAGCUGCACUACCCGAAGCACGAGUGCCUGACCAGCUACGACGAGGAGCUGGCGUUCUUCGGCAUAUUGCCAGAUGUCAUCGGCGACUGCUGCUACGAGGACUACCGGGACCGGAAGCGAGAGAACGCUGAGCGGCUGAUGGACGACAAGCUGUCGGAGAACGGCGACCAGAACCUGCCACAGCUCACCAACAUCAGGCAGAAGAUGUGGCGGGCGUUCGGCAAUCCACACACGUCCACCGCGGCGCUCGUCUUCUACUACGUCACCGGCUUCUUCAUCGCCGUGUCCGUCAUGGCCAACGUGGUGGAGACUGUGCCAUGCGGCCACCGGCCCGGUCGGGUGGGCACACUGCCAUGCGGCGAACGCUACAAGAUCGUGUUCUUCUGCCUGGACACGGCCUGCGUGAUGAUAUUCACCACCGAGUAUCUGCUGCGGUUGUUCGCCGCCCCGGACCGGUGCAAGUUCAUGCGCAGCGUCAUGAGCAUCAUCGACGUGGUGGCCAUCCUGCCUUACUACAUCGGCCUAGGCAUCACAGACAACGACGACGUGUCAGGCGCGUUCGUCACCCUCCGCGUGUUCAGGGUGUUCCGGAUAUUCAAGUUCUCCCGGCACUCGCAAGGGCUCCGCAUACUCGGCUAUACGCUCAAGUCGUGCGCUUCCGAACUCGGGUUCUUGGUGUUCUCCUUGGCCAUGGCUAUCAUCAUAUUCGCCACCGUCAUGUUUUACGCUGAAAAGAACGUGGACGGCACGAACUUCACGUCCAUUCCGGCCGCCUUUUGGUACACCAUCGUCACCAUGACCACGUUGGGGUAUGGCGACAUGGUACCAGAAACAAUUGCUGGAAAAAUUGUCGGUGGAGUGUGUUCACUAAGCGGAGUGCUUGUCAUUGCAUUACCUGUACCAGUAAUUGUGUCUAAUUUCAGUCGCAUUUACCAUCAAAAUCAGAGAGCAGAUAAAAGAAAAGCUCAAAGAAAAGCACGGCUAGCUAGGAUAAGGAUAGCAAAGGCCUCUUCGGGUGCCGCAUUUGUAAGCAAAAAAAAAGCGGCUGAAGCCAGGAUGGCGGCUCAAGAAUCUGGGCUAGAGCUUGAUGAAAAUUACAGAGAAGAAGACAUAUUUGAACUGCAGCAUCAUCAUUUGCUUCGAUGUUUGGAAAAAACGACUGAUAGAGAGUUUGUGGAGCUCGAAGUGCCAUAUAAUGGUCAAUCAAAAAGGCCAUGCUCACCGUCUCCCCUACUGAGCCCUAGCCAUUCGGCAUUAAGCAGGGUGAACUUCUUAAGCUCAUGCUGUACAAGAUGCUGUAAUCAACGGUAUCAGAAGCACAAGCGAGAGAGCUCGCCGGACUCGAUAGGCGAACCCAUCAACGAGGAGGAGCUGAUCGAGGUGCAGAUGAAGCAGCGUCACACGUCGGCGGCCGCGGCGCCCGGCGGCGGCAAGUCGAGCAACUCACUCGACUACAACAGUUGCGACAUGCCGUCCGCGUCGGCGGGCCACAAGUCGUCGGCCGCGGGCUCGCCGUCCUCGGCGUCCGCUUCGGCGGCCGCGACCACUGCGGUGGCCGGAAGCAGCAGCGGCUGCGGCGGCGCUGCCGGCGGUGGCAGCGGGGCGGCCGGCGGAUCCACUUCCGUCAUGUCCGUGCAGGGCUCCAACAACCCCAACUCGAGCACGUCGUCCGUCGUCGUCAACCUUCCAACUUCCUAUCCAAACUCGGAAAUGGACUACGGGUCGGCCUCGUACCCGCCGUCCCCGUCGCUGUCCUCCAACAACGACAAGCCGCAAGUACGCAUCACGUUCCUCUAGCCGCCGUCCGACUCCGAACCAUAAUAUAUUUAUUGUUACAUAACUGUUCCAUUUCGUUUUUGCAGUUUUGCACGUGUCGUAUCGUAUUUGUUCGUUGCAUAGACUUAUUCUGUCAUUACUAUAAUAUUACGUUAUUAUAGUAUAUACAUUUUACGAUGACGUGAUAGUAUUAAUAAUGAUAGUCGCGAUUAUUAAUAUUAUUAUUAUUAUUAUUAUUAUUAUUAUUGAUACUAUCGUUGUUACUACUGUGUUUAUAUUAUUAUAAACGUGCAGGCUAACCCUAAGUAUAUUAUAGGCUCGUGUGUCCCCCAAGUCGUUAGUCCGGCCUGCAGUCCUGUCGAGGACGCUCACGUUUCUCGUUAAUUGCAGUUUUGAUGUACCCAUCCUAUACCUACCUUCUUCGUCGACACCAUCACAGCCGCCGGGAUAAUAACGAUACCCACUCAAGUUGAGGUAUAGGUAGAUAGGUUCUGUUUGGGCGUUGUGAUUGUGAACAUUCGUGUACCAGCGACGGUCGUGCGAUUGUGUGGUUUCCGAUCGAAUUCGAUUCGAAAUUCGAAAAUCGUAAUAUUAACAAUUUCCCAAACACGUGUAUUGUGCAAUACCCACGUCGUUACAACGACCUGUACGACGUCGGUUAUGAUGAUAAUAUGCCGUGGCUUAUGCAGAGGUAUGACUCGUGUGACACUUUAAAAAAAAAUAUCGGGCUUCACAUUUAAUCUGUAUUUUCUUUCUGUAUAAUGGUCGAAAUAUAAUAAUUUAUGUUGAUAAUAAUUCUUUAAUAAGAAAAAAACUGUAUGACGCCAUUGCUUUUUGUGUACCUAGUGCCUACCGGUAGCCACCUACACUCGUCAUAAAUUCUACCCAGUCAACACUCAACACCCACGCAGGCAAACAACGGUUUGUCGCGUCAAGUCACUCGUUGCGCCAACGGCCCAACCACCCUCCCCCCAACCAACUCCACUAACGAUUAUGUACCUACUGACUUUAAUACUGUCCUUUCAACAUAUAACAACAGUGAUUAUAAUAAUACGGCUUAUGUACAAACCGAAUAAUGAAUACGCCAAACACGGAGGUAGAAUAUAAUAUAUACAACUAUUAUGUGUGGUCUGAUCGAACUUGGUCCCAGUCACAUCAACAAUUACCGUUCGCUCUGUGUGCGUGCAAUUUUAAUCGAGCAAAGUUCGAGUGGUGUUGGUAAUGUGAGGGAAUUGAAAUAAUAAUACGUCGAGUAACAUCUGAAACCCGUCGAUGGACUGCCCCACGUCAUUACAUAUUUAAUCUUUAUUAGAGCCUGUUCAAAAACAUAUAUACCAUAUUAUAACAAACAAAUAAAAAUCUUUUCAAACAUUAUAAUCGGGAGAAAUCGAUGAUUUCAUAUUCAACAAACAGCCCUUUGGAUAGUUAUAACGAUUUUCAUUCAAAAUUAUAGUAUAGAAACCAUAACAAUACAUUCAAACAAAACGAUCUAUUAAGUAUUAUGCCCUGUGUUCGAAAUGUCUCCACCGGUAUAAUUCCUUAAUUCCGUUCUUCGACCUUGUGAUUAGGUAUGUACUAAUCAGUGUACACUUACAGUUUAUCGAGUUCCCUCGUUCGAUUAUUUUGUUCAUAAAACAAUUUUCAAAUUCGUCAAAUCAGAUCUGUUCGUAUUUUUCAGUUACACGACUCAAAAUAUGUAGGAGCGAUUUUAUAUUUUUCUGCCUCUACUCUACACCUUACCAGUAUAAUACCAGUAAAAUAUCGAACGAUUUAAUUUGUCUUUCCAUUCAGCCUCUUAAAUCAGCUCUCGCGCUCCUUUUAAAGAUACAAAUCUUGUACUUAGAUGACUCCCAUAGAUUAAACUCUCGUGAUUGUAAAACGUACAUUGAAAAGGUGUAGACACUUUUGACUGUUGUUGUGUAACGUAUAAUAGGUACUCAAAGGUAUAAUAUGCGCAGUCCAAUAAGCAAGAUCAUAAAGCAACCAAGUCCACGUCAUAAAUCAUAAUAUUAUGCAACAGUUUAUAAAGUGUAAAUAUAAUUUCUGUAAAGUGUAAUUUAAAAGCUAGUUUCCAUGUCACAGUGGGUGACGAUGGAUUUUGUUAAGGUUAUUUCAGAGGCGACUAGUGAAUGUAAAGUGCUCCACAUACCGUGAGUUGUCAAGAAACGGAUGGCAUCUAUACGUUUGGUUUUUAUUUUCAAAAGACCUAGAUUUAUAAAGAGUCCAGAAUUACAUAAGUACUAUAUGAAUUAAUAGCUAUGAACAUUUUUUUUUUUUAAUCUGAUUUAAUCGUGGGUCUAUAGUUAUGUGGUUCUAAAUCGAUGUGUUUCGAAAAUGCACAUUUUUAAAUUAAACGUUUUUAAAAUUCAUUAGUAAGUUUUUCUUUAGUAUUUUGCAGCUUAAGAUUGAUUUCUGUGAAUUGUAAAAGUGUAUUCAACUACACAAUAUUAAUCAAUUAUAGAUUAAGUGUCUACAUACUUAAAAGUCUUAAGUUGUUGGACAAUCAGUUUAGGUUUUACUUACAUUGCAGUUACUUUACUAAAAUUAAAUAUAACUUAUCAUGAUAAAUAGCCAAAUAGGUACCAACAGUUCAAUAAAUACUAAAAAAAAGUAGUGAUAUUACUAAAUAAUAAUACAUAGCGUUGUUUUUUUUAGUGACAGUAAAAUUUCGGCGAUAUCUAAAAUAUAACACUGAUCAGAAAUAAUAUUUAUUUUCAAUUGUUAUUAAAACCUUGACUUUUACAUGUUGAAUGUGUAGUAAUAUAUUUUUUUACAUAUUGGUAACUUAAAAAAAACAGAUUAGACUAAACUUAAUUAAACUUUUAUAAAAUAUUUUUGUCCAAACGUUUAACAUACAGAGGAAUUAUUUUUCUCCGUCCAUUUUUGAAAUCUACAUCAAAUAAAUUGUAAUUUAAAUUUCUUUGAGGCUUCUGUGGAUAAGCUGAUCCAACAAGACCUGGAGUCAUAGUUUGAGUAUAGAGUGUGUAUAAACUAAAAACGACAUGUUCCUUCAAUAAUGGUAUAUUGUAAGAAAAUUUGACUUUAUAAACAUAGUACUUACUACCUAUAUGGCUAUAUGUAUGAUCAAUUUUAAAAAAUGCUCUUCUAGAUAUACCAAAAUCGAUUUAGAACCCUUUUUAUAUUUUUUAUACUUGACCCACGAAAUGUUAUUGACUUGAGUGAAAAAUUGGGACGAAUUCCAAAACAAUGUGGUGUACUGGCACAUUGCCCACGAUGUGCAUAUUUUAAUUUACUUUACUUAUCCUAUGUAACACCUGUUCUCGCCAAGGACUCUGGGCACCAGUUAUAUUAUAUUUCAGUUACAAUACUAGGCUGUCCAUAAUUUGUAAAUAUAUUAUUAUGACUAUUGUUUUUUUAUUACUUUAUUUAUAAAUUAAAUUAUUACGACUGUGCGAGAAAUGCAAAGUCGAUUUCAUACAAACCAUCAAUUAUCUUUAUUAUAGAUCCUGAGCGGAAGCAAAGAAGCUAUUAGUUUUACAAUUAUGUUGUUUUUUUCGAAAAAACUUUCUUUUUAUUAAAGCUCCAUAAAUUGCAUGUACCUAUGUUCAUUGUUUAUUGUUUAUUGAUUUGACAUUGUACCCAGAUGGUACUUUGGGUUUGUCAAAAGUGAAAGAUUUUUUAUAGUAAAUUGCGAAAGACUGCAAAAGCAUCAUUCGACCUAUUUGUUCUCGACAUUAUUAAGGCAUAUAUUUAUUAUCAUAAUAUUUUGAUCAUACCUACCGAUAGCUGUUCCUACAUAUUCACCAAACUUUUGUAACAUAUAUUUUAUACUAUACCAACCUACAUUCAAACCUAAUAAUAAUAAUUUAUUUUAUGUGUAAGUCUGUACAGUCGUCAUAUUAUAACUAUAAUAAAUAAUAGAUUCACAAUAAAACGUUUACUUCAUAACUAUAAUAUCUUAAUUGAGAAUAGUAUAUAACAUUUUCGUCUAUUAUAGAAUCAACAAAUUACUCAAAUUUUGUAAUUAAAAAAAUUGUAAUUAUUUAAUAUUAGUUAGGUAUAUCGUAUAAUAUAAAAUGUGUUUAAAACUCGAGAUAUAAUCUAAUGUAACAAAAUAAUAUAAUACAUGCUCUACUUUUUGUACGUAUUAGAAAUUUCUCCCUAAACACAUAGGUCAAAAUGAUGGUUAUAAAUUAUACUAAUUAUUAAAUGUCAAUAUAAUAUGUCUCAAAAAUGACAAAUUAAAAACACCAUGUUUUGAUCAUAUCGAACAGUAAUACUAGAGGUAUAUUUAUUUUUAAUUAGUGGCUAAUUUAUUGCUAAAAAAAAUGUACACGAAUGUGUAAAAAAAAACCAAAAAAACUACCUAUUUCUAAAGAAAACGAAACAUUUUACGUGAAAGAACACUUACAAUACGAAUUGAUAUAGAAUAACACAAUCAUAUUAUUAGAAUAAAAUAUAACGACGCUGCGUAACAAUUUAAUUGGAUCCAAAACUAUAAACGAUCUUUUUAAACAUCUAUAAUUGUGCCGAAGCAUGUCUGUAGUUAAAUAAGC